UUAGCCAUAAUUCCAAAACCCUUUGACCUGUAGUCAUGAAGUUUCUUGGGUAUGUUUAGGAAGAGUUGCUCUAUGUACUGUGUACUGUGUACUGUGUUUCAAAAUUUUUCGUCACUUGAUGGCCGAGAGAUGGUCAAAAUAACCUGGCCCUUUUAGGGUUAAUGCUAAGGAAUAUUUUCGGCAAAGCAUUUUCAAGAAAUGUGGUCCGGCAGUCUACAGUACCUCCUAAGGAGCAGGGAGAAGGAGGAGGGGCCACUUUUGAGGCAUUUAGUUAAUAUUAAGAUUAACUGAUUUUUAAGUAUUUUUUACAUUUUUGUAAAGAGCAUGUAGCCCGCUCAUCCAGUUUGACACAUGCUAGUAGCAUUAUUUUGCCAUUUCCCAAGCUUUGGAUUUCUCUGCAGCAUUGGCUUUGCCUCUGGCUUCAAGAACAGUUUAGAAUGUACUAGCGUCCGAAGAAAAUAGAAACACUGAAUCGCCUGAGACGAGGAGUGAAAAAAGUGCAGUUAUGCCCAAAUGUUGAUAAAAGGCCCAACUGAGAAUUAUAAUGUGUAGGGGCUGUUUCGUGUGUUAUAUAGGCUGUACAUUUUAUACAAUUUCCAAAAAUCCAUUUUUUUGGCUGCUUUUACCAAAGGAACUUCAAAAUUGCUGUUUAUUUUUGUAUUGUAAGUAAAACGUGAGCUCCAUCCGUUUGACGUCAGACUAUAGGCCUAUUUUAAGUGUAAAUAAUUAUGGUACAGUAAAAAGUGUGUACAUUUAUAGUACUUUUACAAAAUUAGACAAAAGGUAGUUUAAUUUUAAAGUAUCUAAUUAUGGAAUCGCCUGUUGGUAACAGUCUAAUGUAUUCAGUUGACAAUUUUGUCACACGCACAAGUCGUUAGACGCACAAGUACACGUAUGUGAAAUGUUUAAAGGUUUAUUUAGGUAACACAUUGAUGAAGUUAAAGUUGAUCUAUUUGUUACCCAGAAUGUGUUAUUUAAAAACAGGUUUUGUAGAACUUUACUUAAUAUAUUAAGUAGUAAGUACAUUUUUACUCCAAGAACAGACUUUUCAUUACAUUCAUUUACUUUUAUUACGUUUUACAUGUACUCUGUGUCACUGAGUAUUGUCUUUAGCAAAGACCAAUCACGCACAAGAUAAAUUUGAAGCGUGAUGAUUUAAAAGGAUUUCUCAUUCUUACUUCAGCUCUUAUAUUUCUUACAGUCACAAAAAGGUAUUAUAAUAAACAAGGCUUUGCACUUACCUAAUUAUACGUAGUUAAAGCUGUCCUAACAACGGAAGUAUAUAUUCGCUUGCUGCACGCAGCUUGUCUCAAUUUUGUUAAACCGUUUUUGGAAUUUAUUUUCACUAAAACUUAUCCACCGGUUGGAUUAAUCCAACAGUGAUCGCCAGAAACACCUAUAAACAUAUUUCAAGUUAAAAAGGUGUGGAUUUCUACCCAAAAGGUUGAGAAAACAACCUGUGUUUUUCUAGCUUUGAUGUCCUAAUAAGCAACUUGAUAUCCGAGUGUUGAAUAGUUGUUUUCUUACCGGCUAUUUCUGUCCACGUGUAUUUUACCAAUGAAGCUCGAUCUAGUUCCUUUAAACUAACAACGACGGUGAAUGGGUUGUAUUGCACCUUUAAUACUCCCGUGUGAGUGUGUAAAGAGCUGCAGCACUAACGUUUACUUUGUUAUCUAAACUUGCCCCGCGCCAAAGGUUUUGUUGUUCAAGGCCGGCCAUACUAUUGUGACUUGGUCGAGGAUAAAGGUCAACGACUCACGUGCACCGUGACUAGCAGCCUUGUUUUGUCACGAGAUUUAGCAUAAGCUAGCGCCAGGAACCAAAUAAAUAUAAGAAUUUUGGUAUUGAAAAUAUGACGUAAUGUGCAUAAAAACUAUCGUUUGUGUUGUAUAUAUGUACCGAAACGUUUUUCCUAUUUUGGUACCGCGUGUUGACUCUGAAGGUGCUGUACAUUUUUAUUGUGAAGACCCCAAAUUCCGUGUUUCAAAGUCUUUAGCGAAAAACGGCAGAUCAUGAGUACCGAAAAAUCCCCACUUCUUCAGGCGGAGGUAACCUCCCCAGUCACGGUAGCCGUGAACUCCGUAAACGCGGACGUUAACGGGAACGUCCCAAACGCUUCGCUGCCUACAUCGGGCGGUACGGAGCGCGCACAGCGCCGACGCCACUGGAAGAACAUCUUAACCAUCUGCCUGGCGUGGCUCUUUAACUUCACCGCCGUGGCGUCCUUCCAGAACCUCCAGAGCAGUCUCAACCCUCAAGAAGGUCUGGGCGUGCUUUCCAUUGCAUCCCUCUACGCCGGUAGCAUCAUCUCAGGCUUCUACGCCCCUUUGGUCGUCAAAGCCUUGGGUCCGAAGCGGACCAUCCUCGCUUGCAUGAGCUGCUAUGGAGUCUACACCGCAUGUAACUUCUACCCGCGGUUUUACACCCUGAUACCGGCCGGGACUUUAAUGGGGCUGGUCUCGAACCCAAUGUGGACCGCGGAGGGAACCUACCUCGCUACGUCCGCUGCAAGUUACGCCACCUUGACUGGGUCUACAACUGAAAUCAUCAUCAACCGUUUCAACGGCAUCUUCUACUUCUUCUUUCAGAGCGCGCAGAUCAGCGGGAACCUUAUAGCAUCUAUGAUCUUGUAUCCCGAUGCCAAAGGGAUGCUGCCAGACGCGAACUUGUCUCGGUACUGUGGCGUGCACUCGUGCGGUGCCUUCGUCGACCCGGCAGGGCCUCCACAGAGACCUGGCCAGAACACGUUGUACAUCCUCUUCUCCGUCUAUCUCGGAUGCAACGUCAUCGGGGCUCUCUUAAUCCUCGCGUUUCUGGACCGACUGGACGCCAGCGCUGCCCUGACUCAGACCGGCUCUGCCUGCGGUAAGAUGGCCGCCACAUUCCGCCUCGUGGUGAAAGACCGGCGGAUGCUUCUGUUCCUUCCGCUGAUGAUCUACAGCGGGGUCCAGAAGGGAUUCAUAGCGGAUGACUUCACAAAGGCCUUCGUGACCUGCACUCAAGGUAUCCACUACGUGGGUUUCGUCAUGAUGACGUACGGCGUGACAGACGCCCUCUGUUGCCUGCUGCUGACCCGGCUCCAGAAGCACGUGGGUCGGGUCGUGCUCUUCACUGCAGGGGCUGGUGCCGACUUGCUUGUCGUCUCCCUGAUGUGGUUCGUCUGGCCUCCGAUGCAUGCCAACCUGUGGGCGCUGUUCUUGGCCGCCGGCGUCUGGGGGUUCGGGGACUCGGUGUGGCAGACGCAAAUUGCUUCUUUGUUGGGUGUGACGUUCACCGAGAACCUGGCCCCGGCCUACGCCAACUUCCGCCUCUGCCAGGCCGUCGGAAACGGGGUCAUGUUCGCCGUCACCACCUCGGACUCGGUCUGCGUCUAUCACAAGAUUAUCGGACUAUCAGGUCUCUUAGGAGUGUCUCUUGUUUUUUACUACAUACUUGAGUGCAUGAUCAGAAGAACAAAGGACAAGCCUCCAGACGAAACAGUCAAAUAAAAUGAACAUUUUUUU